UACUCUUUUAAAUUCAUUUCAGCAUUUAUUUGGCUUCCUACCAAUUCCAAACAAAGAUAAUAUAACGUUAAUGCCCUCCCUUUAAUCUUUACAAGUCUUCAUAAUUCUUACAAAACAAUAAUAAAAACUUUUUGUUUCUGAAAAGGACUUCAAAAAUCUAAGGUGGUGCCAUGCCAAACAUGCCUCUCCUUGGGGAAAUGAGCAAAGCCAUGCAAAGAGAGAGUUAUGGCAAUUUGACCAAUGCUCCCAGAAGCAAAAUUUGUUCAUAAAUUCUCUCCCACCUGCCCUCUGCAUCUUCAUUCACUCUCCCUUCUUCUUCCUCUCUUGCCAAAACCAAAAGGCUUCACCAUUUUGGCAUUAGAAAGAAAGAUGCAGCUUCCUCCCGAUGCCGGGGCCGCUGCCUUCUGGAUUCCCUUCAGCCUUCUAGCUUUGGUUAUUCCGGUAGCUACCGGUGACCCUCUUGUCCCUGCACUCUGCAUCUUCGGGGACUCGGUGGUUGACGUCGGAAAUAACAACAACCUUCUAACAGUUGUCAAGGCCAACUUUCCUCCUUAUGGAAGAGACUUCGUUACUCACACACCAACAGGGAGGUUUUGCAAUGGAAAGCUUGCCACUGAUUUUACUGCCGAAUCCCUUGGAUUUUCUUCAUACCCACCUGCUUAUCUGAGCCAAGAUGCCACGGGAAACAGGCUUUUAACAGGAGCCAACUUUGCUUCUGCUGCUUCUGGCUUUUAUGAUGGCACUGCUCAACUCUAUCAUGCAAUUUCACUAACCCAGCAGUUAAAUUACUACAAGGAAUAUCAGAACAAAGUUGUAAACAUGGUGGGAAGAGGGAAAGGCAAUUCCAUAUUCUCUGGUGCAAUUCACCUUCUCAGUGCAGGGAGCAGUGAUUUCAUUCAAAAUUACUACGUUAAUCCUCUUCUUUACAGAACAUACUCACCAGCACAGUUCUCUGACAUUCUCAUUACAUCUUACUCAACCUUCAUUCAGAACCUAUAUGGACUGGGAGCAAGGAGAAUAGGGGUGACAGGUUUACCUCCAUUGGGUUGCUUGCCAGCAGCCAUCACCCUCUUUUGUUCUGGUAGCAACCAAUGCAUCCAAAGGUUAAACCAAGAUGCCAUAGCGUUCAACACUAAGCUAAAAAGCACAUCUCAGAGUUUGCAGAACAAAUUCUCUGAUCUCAAGCUUGUUGUCUUUGAUAUAUAUCAACCUCUUCUGAAUAUGAUCUCAAAGCCUGCAGAAAAUGGGUUUUUUGAGUCAAGAAGGGCUUGCUGUGGAACAGGCACAGUGGAGACCUCCCUCCUCUGCAACAGUGGAUCAAUCGGAACAUGCUCGAAUGCCACAGGCUACGUUUUCUGGGACGGUUUCCAUCCGACCGAAUCUGCAAACCAAGUCUUGGCUGGGGACUUAAUUUCUCAGGGAUUCGCCCUCAUCUGAAAGUGUUACUUCUAUCAGAAUUUGCAAUUCUUCUAAUACACAUUUUAUCAAACACCUUGCCUUCGUUCCAACUCUUAUCAAACAGUCUCUUUGUGUGUUUGAAAUGCUCUGAUCGUUAGACUCAAAUCCCAUAUUGGAUCUCAUAGCACAAAACAUGUGAGGAAGAGAGAAUAGGAAUUGAACAACAUGAGAUGAAAAACUAAUACUAAUGGAUGAGGCUCUUGGGAAAAUCAAAA